AGAGUGCAGGAUAUGGUCAUGGCUCAGCUGCUGAACCUGGAGACUCAGUAUAUGGAUCUCUACACACUAGAUGAGCAAUUCCGUUACUUUACUGAGCUGCUGGUGGUGGUGACGAGUGGCAGUCGCAAUCUGUUGGAGUUGGACAGCACCUCACACACCGAACCAGAUGCAUCAACUCCCGCCCCACCCACUGAUGCUGCGGUGGUACCGAACUUCUCAGUCGAGUCACUAAUGUUCUACAAAAUGCCAUCGCUGGACAGGUGUGGAUUUGUGAUCUCUCUGUGUGUGUGUUUCGAAUCGUAA